AUGCGGGGUCUCGUAUUACUGCUACUGCUGUUCGGCAGCUGCACUGCCGAUCUCUUCACAGCAAUCGCCGACAUGCAGCGAAUGUUGGGAGCAGAAAAGGAAGUGACCACCGUCAUCGACAGAUACAUCGAGGCCGAACAGAAGCGACUGGAUGACCUGAAACGAUUCGCUGAUGAGUACAUCGAUCGCAAUAAGGACGCCGAGGAUGUUGGUCCGGAUUUCGUUACAAACCCAAUCAACGCCUAUCUUCUCAUCAAGCGGCUGACCACCGAGUGGAAAAAGGUCGAGGACAUUAUGCGAACCAACAAAGCCGACACUUUCAUAAAAAACAUCACGGAGAAUCGUAUUCGGAGUCAGGUGAAAUUCCCCCAAGAGGAGGAUUUGUCUGGAGCAGCAACAGCCAUUCUUCGAUUGCAAGAUGUCUACCGUCUCGACACCACAGACCUCUCAAAUGGCGUUAUUCUUGGCGAUAAAGUCGCUCACACGCUCACAGCUCAUGAUGCAUUUGAGGUGAAAUUCCCCCAAGAGGAGGAUUUGUCUGGAGCAGCAACAGCCAUUCUUCGAUUGCAAGAUGUCUACCGUCUUGACACCACAGACCUCUCAAAUGGCGUUAUUCUUGGCGAUAAAGUCGCUCACACGCUCACAGCUCAUGAUGCAUUCGAGGUUGGACGAGCUGCUUACAAUCAGCGCGACUACUACCAUACCUUGACUUGGAUGCAGACAGCAAUGAAUCGGCUCGAGCAUGAGAAUCCGAAAACGAUUGAGGAAGAGGAGGUAUUAGAAUAUCUCGCGUAUGCUCUCUACCAACAAGGCAACGUCCGUCGAGCUCUCGCGUUAACAAAGAGACUAGCAGCAAUUGCUCCGAACCAUCCACGAGCCAGAGGCAAUGUGAAAUGGUACGAGGACAUGCUAGAAGGAAAGGAUAUGGAAGGCGAUCUGCCACCAAUCGUCAACAAGCGAGUAGAGAACGACGGAAUCGUUGAACGUGAUGCUUACGAAGCACUGUGCCGUGGUGAGGCUCCACCUAUUCCACCAGAGGAGGAGAAAGAACUCUACUGCUACUAUAAGAUGGACAAGCCAUUCCUCCGACUUGCUCCCAUCAAGGUCGAGAUUCUCAGGUUGGAGCCUCUCGCAGUGCUCUUCAAAGAGGUCAUGUCUGAGUACGAAGCUGAAGUAAUCAAGUCUUUAGCCACCCCAAAGCGUGACAACUCAUAG